ACCACCUCUCUCUGCCCGCGGUCUGCGCAGAGACCUGUUCCCCCACAAGUAACGCAUUCUGCAGUUCUUCGCCGGUUAAAUCUGGGGUGGUGUUGCGUUUUAAUGAUCGUAGCAUGAUGCAGCCGUUGGCCGCCCAUUUCACAAUCAGUGCAAGGAAGGUAAAAAAAUUGUUUUAAAAAGGAAGGAAGGAGAAAGCAACAAAUUUCUCGAUUCUUAAAAGAGCGCGCUGGCUAACGAGAAGGCAUCGUUGGAAAACAUGGCAGUUUUUUGCUAAAAAUAGUCAGCCUUUAAGCACAUGGAUGGAAAUAUCAUCACGUUUUCUAUCUACAUGUACAUCAUCUGCAUUCAUUAAUUGACAACGCUUUCGCAUCAAGAAAAAAAAAAUGAUGUGAUGGAAAAAGCAUCUGCUGUGUUGAGACUGAGCAGAGCUUAAGCAAGAAGGUGGAAUUCAGUUAACGACAAGAAAUGGAGGCUUUGUUAGUCUCUCGUGGCAUCUCGUGACAGAACGAGUCAACAGGGCUUAACGCUUAUGCAUUGAAAUUCAAUUUGCUCGCUAUACUAUUUGUGUUCACUUUGCUCUAAUAUCAGGUAACUGUCAAGGUCUAAGGGCAAUUUGUGUGGUUGAAAAAGAAGAAGGUAUUCAAAAGACUACCAUAUUAAAAUACGCAGUCGGUUGAGCUGGGUUGCGGAUUCUGCGGAAAGAACCGCUUCCGUUCCGUUUCCACCGCACUUGACGUUUAUCUAAUCAGUCAUGGAGCCUACGGAAACGAGGAGUAUUUCUGACGUGGACAAAAAAGUGGGAAAUUUACGGAGAAAUAAAAUUUCUGUGGUCAGUCAGGGAGGCGUCCAUGUGGAAAUGCACGAUUACAUGCCUUCCUCCACAGUAACCAAGGUACGCAAAAAAGAAAAUUAAGCUUAAGAAGCCUAGAUUGCUAAUUAGUAAAUAAGUGUAAGCUUCUCUUAAGUCCUCUAAAGAGAUGAGCUUAUGUUAGCGGGUUUGGGGCAUGGGGUGGGGGGGUGGCGGACUUUCAGAUUUUGGCCAAAAGGCUAUACACGCUGCUGUGAGGGGAGGUAUGGUAUUUAGGGGUUCUUUAGGCAGUUUAGAGUGAAAUGGAGUAUAGAAAUCAGAAGAUUUUUGUUUAGAAGAGUAGUGGCUUGAAUUGUUGACUAUUGUGUCACUCUUGAUUUAAUAGCCGGUAGUGACGUUUUGGGUUCUAAAAGUUAAGAAUAGGUUUCCCUUGGGGGCUCCCAUAUAAAAGUGACGGGGAUGCUUGUCAUUUCGCUUAGGGGUGGAAAUUGCAGAUUUUGGUCUCACUUAGGGAAAUCAUGACGGAAGGCCAAUUCUGAGGGUAAUGCAUAGAUAAAAUAUCCAUAUGAAAUGGCAAAUGCCUCUACAGCUUUGUUGGAGAAUGGUCUCCUUCACAGGUCAAAUAAAGCCUGAGCCGUGCCCAGAUUUCCAAAACAGAUUUGGAUAGUCACAGUAGUGUUGAGGAAUGUCACAGUUGGUCAAAUUAGACUAAGGUUUCCAGGGUUACUAGAGGCACACAUCCCCACUAAAAAUCAUAGAGUACCCCCCCUUACGAUUAAAAACACAAUGGGACUGCCCACUGUGAUCCUAAUAUUUUUGUCCCCCCAGUAUUUUCAGGUGGGAAGAUCCAGGUAUUUUGACUUGAAAUCCUAAAACAAAUUUUUCUUGUGGUGUGAGAGUGUUUGUAUUUCAUGUUUUUCUAGAAAAAAUCUGCAGGGGUUUAAGUUUCAAUUACUGGUAGCAAGAGUACCUGUCAUAAUGUAUUGGUUACUUCACCCAGUAAAUUUUUCUAAAUCUUAUUAAGUUUCCCCUAAAUUAGAAGAAAAUUAAUAUUCUUUCAGACCUUGUUGAUACAGUUAGGAGUGGUUUUCCUACAGGUCACAUGUGUUUUAACAAUUAAGACAACUUCUACUUGGAUCUAAAAUUUACUGUCAGGUUGCAGACUUAUGUCACAUGCAUGUAUACUGUUACUGUCUAGCAGGCCUUGGCAGAUCUGGCGGCACUUUGUCAAGGGUGGAAAAAGUUUCAGAUGAAAAACAUUAUUACCUCCAUCAAUUAGCCAAUAUUUUCCUUCGUUGCUGGUGGUUGAACUACUGCAUGUAUGGUAGCUUUUACAUCAUGGGUAUAUUUAGGAGUUUUCAAGAUUUUGGAAAAAUCAAGAAAAGCCUCCUUUUUUUGAUCUGAUGAAGAUGUAAAUGUUAUGCUUCAGCUCUUAUAUGUGGUUCUGAGAAUACUUGCCCACUUUUCAACUAAAAAAGAAUUCGAUAUCUUCCAGCCUAAAACAAGAAAACACAGACUUAACCCUUUAAGCCCCAAUAUCCACAUACAAAUUCUCCAAACUGAUCUCUAAACAUUUCCUUUAAGAAAUAGUUAAGAGAAUUUGAUAAAACAUCAAAGUAUUUUCCCUUAUAUAGGUGAUCAUUUUAUUAAUUCUCAUAACCUCGUCUCAUGACAAUGUAUGGAUAUUGUUAGGAGAAAAUUGCUGUUAGUCUCUAUUGGGACUUAAAGGGUUAAGCAAGGGUUUUAGCUCAUGCUUUCCUUGAGUCACCUAUACUGAUCACCUGAAAAAUGUAUUGCAUACAUGUGUAUUUUGCUGCUCAUAAUCGGAUAUCCUUUUAGUUAAAUCAGUAGUAAUUAAAUCAAGAUAAUUGUGUAGAGUGCUCAGCAAGUUUAAUACUCAACUAUAAUCUCUUGUUUACAAAUGCAAGAUAAAAACCAUAUAUAUUAGAUCAAAACUGGGACACACAAUUAAACAUUAUUAGGAAAAACAUUAAAUAGAGGGACUUGUUUCUCUCUGUCUAAUCCCUUGAGAGCUUGCCUGGGCCAAAACAAAAUAACUAAUUUUCAAGAAAUGAAUGAAGAAAAUUUAACUUUAUUAGCUACAUCAUUGUUGGCAGAUGUAAGAAUAAACGUGAUUGACAGAACAAGGUUGGAAAGUUAUUACAGACCAUGAAUUUAUAUGCUUUUGAUUAAUUAAACUCCAAGUUUUCACCUUUUGUACACAUGUUCAAGAUAUAUGAUUCUUAUGUCAACAGAUAGUUAAUUAGUUUACAGCAGGUUUAACAUAAUAUUAAUGAGAUUAACUUUUUAUGUCUGAGCCAUUGUUGCAGCUGCCAGUUAUUUUUUGGUGAAAUUCAAUGAGAGCCUGCUGCAAGCAUCAAAUAUGAAACACACCAUGGACACUCCCUAAAAACAUAGGAUUCCAAUAAAAACAAUCAAGAGGGCUUUGUAAUAAGGAAUUAACACCACAAAUGUGCACAAAUUGGUAAUACAUAUUGCAUAAGCUGUCACUAGCUAAUAUGCUGCAAAUCAUAGUUGGAACCCAGGCUAGGAGCUGUCUGUGUGUGUUUGUGGGAGAAGUGGGGUGUAUUGCCUUGCAUGAUCAAGAAUAUACAGCCCACAGUUCUCCAGAAAAUCUUAAAAGUAGGCUAGAAGAGGAAAAAUUUAAGAACGUGGCAAUAGAGUCGAUUGCAGGGUAGAAGUGCCUUUCACUUUACUGUUAGCCAUGUUUGGGAAGUAGAGAGAAGUUCCCCUCAGGGAAAAUUAAAUUUGGGGACCCUAAAAAAGGCAUUUUAGUCCUGUUAGUAAGAUUAAAUUCUGACUUUCAAGCAAGAUGGCCUUGAAAUAGUGACAGAAGACAGUCAAAUAAAACGGCGACAAACAACAUAAAGAUGGACUGUAACUGUGGCAUUACUUGGACAAGCUGGCUUCCUGCUCAUUACAUGAAACAAAGAGUAUUGAUAUUCAUGCUAAUUAAGGGCUCUCCCCUUCUCCUCCCAACUAAAAGGACCACACUUGAAGUCAACCUUGGGUAUGUUACAAUUUGCAGGAUGCCUUUACCAAAAGUGAAUCACAGCGGGAUUUGCUGAUUGAGUCAUCAAUCCGUGAUCGUGACAAGGAGGCUGAGCGCCACAGAAGGAGAAGGCUCAUCUUCAUUUUCUGUAUAGCAGUUGUCACUACAGUCUUUAUAGUUCUGGCAGCAGUUAUUCCCUUCUUGCUUGGUAACAAAGCUUUUUUUCCAAUUCCUAAUUAGGUCAAAACUCAUUCCCGGGCUCUCUUUCCUUGCCUGGGGCAGUGAAAGAAGAGAGAGCCCUGAGAAUGAGUUUGUUAGUUAAGUACAUUUCUUAGGUGGCAAAAGAAUUAAAUCUUAGACUAAAAUAAUAGUAGGAUCUGCAAACCAAAAAUAAGUGAUUGGAAGGCUAUAGCUAGAUGCUUGAAAUCACCUGUUAAGGGACCUGUCAUUUAUUAGAGGUGGGGGGAGGUGGGGGGCAGAAGCUGGUGCAAUUUUUUUUCGCGGGAUUUUUUUUUUCGGGCUCUCCCACAAUUUCCUGCAGAAAAAACUGUAACCCUCCCCCUUGUAUGGCCCAAAAAAGUUAUGACCUUCCCCAUGUUAAAAGAUAUGACAGGGAUUAUUAAAUAAGAUCAACUUUUACCUUGUGCAGUUCAUAGCAGAAACCGUGUUGCUUUCCUCCCUGAUCUUGUAAAGGAAGUAACGCGAGAGGAAUUGUCAUAAUGGUUCUCAUCACUCCCUCCUCUUCCUUAAGGCUUGAAGAACAAAUUUCUGCCAAUACAAAGUCCCCCUCCUCUACCAACUCUUUGUCACCAUCAAACUGUUCCUGUUGCAUUGCCGAGUUUGUUAAAUUGCUGAUUAUAAUUAUGUCUUUGCACUUCAAUCAUUAUUUAUCCCACAGCUUCUCUUGUUUUACACAGAUAAGCAUAUCUCUUGGCAGUGAGGCUGUGUUUUCUUUAGCAGUGACAAGUUUUUCCAGCAAUUCAUUGGCCAAUGUUUCUUCAGAUUCUUUGGUCUUUUCUUUAUCCUCUGUUUAAAUUCUCAUGAUUUCCUCAAGUUGAUUCUUGACAAGCCACACAAGUUUCUCAUUCUCAUAGCAGUAAAUGUUUGUAGCCAGUUUGGGGAGUAGCACAGAUCACAUCUUUCAUUGCAUUAAAAGACCACUUUUUAUGCAGCAGCUGACGUAAAUGUAGGGUUGUUGGGUUGUUCAGGUUGAUCAUUAUUAAAGUUCAAAAUGCUUACUGUGCAAGGGACUUAUUUGUUUAAUAGAAUAUUAAUUAUUUGUUUAUUAUUUUAUUAUUAACAUAAGCUCUAUAGUUUCUUUUAGGCCUCCUCGAACAGCAUCUUUAAGUAAUGUAAUUUUGUGGCAAAUAAAUAAAAAUACCUAAAUACCUAAAUUAUUUUAUUUUUAUUUAAGUGAACAGCAAUGUUCGCAAAAAGUGGUACAGCCCUCCCUAAAGCCCAGCUUAAAUUUUUGGUGACCCCCCCCUACAUAUAAUUUAAUGACAACCCCCCCCCCUUUGCACCAGCCCCCCCCCCCCUCUAAUAAAUGACAGGACCCUAAGUGUGAAUUAUUAAUACAUGUUGCAUACAUUUUUGCCAUUUAUAAAACAUUUUUUUGACAUACCCAUAUUUCUUGAAGAAAUAUGUUAAUAAAUUUCUUUCCUUUUUUCAAUUAGCUAUAUUGUUCAGUAUUGGAUCCAAACCUUCCGAUGGGGUGGGGGGGGGGCAGGGGUGGUUAUCCAGACCCUGAUUGGCUUUUCGGCUGUUAAUUUUUUUUCUUAAUAAUAAAAAUGCAAAAAAAGAAUAAUAAUAAAAAUUAAGUUUUAACACAAAGCUUGUUUAAUGCAUUCAGGAUCAAGGAAGUCAGACAGUGAUGUCAAAGAUGAUGCAGGUUUAAGCAGAGCAGCAACUGGAGAGCAGCUUAAGUGUGAGCGGUUGUCACGAGUUCUGGAAAAUGGAUACCUGGUCUGUGAUGGGAUGGACAUUAACUCAACCUGCUGGACAAGAUGUAUUGAAGGCUACGAGAAAGAAAAUCCUCAGACUGGAAGUUACAUAUGUCUGGAGAAUGGAGAAUGGGAAGGAGAGGGAGCAACAUGUGUUCGAAAAGACUGUGGAUCCCUUGAUCAGGUAAUAGUGAGCUUAAGCAAUGAAAACACUUACGUCCUGGACAUCAUGAAUAGCAACCGGAAGUUUGAUAUCUCACUUGCUGGAACACUGUCGUCUCCCACAACAAAUCUGAAUGCCUUUGUUUUAACUAGAGCUUUACAAAUUUGUCAAGUCAGAGCACUGAAAGAGAGAAAAUAUCUACUUCGGUUGCCAUUUUUGAUGUCCGGGAUGUCAACACUCUCGCUGCUUAAUGCCCCUAAGAAAAGAUUAGGUCUAUCUUGUACAUCCCAAUAUCCACACAAAAAUUGUCUGGACUUACAGUAGCUCUAUACAUUUCCUAACAGAGUUACUUGGUAGAGUUUGAUAAAAGAUCAAAGUAUUUACCUUUGGUGAUCAUUUUAUGAAUUCCCACAACCUUUUCUCUUGAUGAUGUAUUGUUUUUGUUGGGAGAAAAUUGAUGUUGGUCAUGUGCACUCUUGGGACCUAAAGGGUUAAAUUGUUUGGGGUCUAAAGGUGGACAAUCGAUCAUAUAACUUCUUCUCACUUGAAUAUUAAUUUAUACGUAAUUAUUUUACUAGGAAUGGAUUUGCUGGAUAAAAUGACAAAAAAAAGGAUCAAAUCUUUAAUUGGGCAAUGUUGUUCUUCACAUAAUUUCCUUUUAGUGUUCUGAAGAAUCCUGUUUGAGUGCAAGGGAGUGUAAGCAUCAAAAUCUCUGGACUUCAUAAGAAUAAGGUUUUCCUUAUUUCAUCUGGUUUGACUGUAAAAGGACACUGUUAUACAUUAAUACAGUUUCAAGCCAAGGGCCACAGUUAUUGACAAGUCAUACAAGACUUCUUAUGUUGUUCAUGCACUUCACUAUUGAAUUUAAACCUGUGAAAAUGCAGAGAAAAAUAUGUGAAAUACCCUGUGACAACAAAACACCCUGUGAAAAAUGUGAAUUUUGCACAGUCAGUAAAUUUGAGAAAAUUUUCAAAAUUUAGGACCUUGUGAAAAAAAAACUGUGACUAAAAUAAACCUGUCAAAAACCCUGUGAAAAAACCUAUGAUCAAGCCUGCAAACCUUUUAAAGAAGAUUUACAUGUAUAAAUAAGGAGUGACAUGACAGCUGAGUCUGAUUUGUUAAGUAAUUCACUGUUUUUUUAGGUGCGUAAUUCAUUACAGACCUGCACUGGUACAAAAUACAGGGACAGCUGUGUUGUAAACUGUGUUGAAGGAUAUGAAAAGAGAAAUCCUUUAACUGGUGAAUAUCUCUGUCUGGAGAGUGGACAGUGGAUUGGAAAGGAGACAUUUUGUGAUCCUAAAGACUGUGGGUCCCCUCAUAAGGUGUGUUAUGCUGUAUAAGCACGGUUCUCCAGAACAUUUAGAGAAGGAGGAGAAAUAAUUUAAGUUCCAGUAGUAUUCAAAUUUGUCAAACUUCAGGGCCCAUUGCUUUCAAGUGCUUCCUGUGUAGCAGUAGGUUAUGAAGUGGGAAAAUUUCUGUCAAUAAUAAUUUGAUGACUUAAAAUUAUUUUAAGUUGUAUAAGUAAAAGAAUAUUGCUGACCCUUGUACAGAUUAAAUUCAAGCAUUUUUAAAAAUAUGAAAUGUGAAUUUUGAAAAAUUUCCACGUGACUGCACAAACUGAUAGUGUCAGUGCAAACUAAAGUCAUGCAGGAUUCCGUUGAUGUAUUUCAAGACAAAUUAUAUAUUGAAAGGCAGUUUUAGUCUGAGACUAUGAUAAAUGACUUUGAUCGAGGUUUCUGUAUGUUACAGUUACUGCUAAGAAAUUAAACAACUUUUUCUUGAUUGGUAAAACGUGUCAGUGAUGCUUUUUCUGAGAGCCCGCUUGAUGUAUGGACACCAUGACAUGUCUCGUCCAUGUCUGUCUUAACCAAGUUUCACUAUAUUAACUGUUUAUAAGACUUAUGAUUAUCAUUUUCUAAUUCUGUUUAAGGUGUUAAUACCUGGUGCGUUUGAAAACUGCACAGGGACAAAAUUGAGCGACACUUGUGAAGUGAGGUGCCACAAGAAUUUUGAGAGAAUUAUACCUUAUAUUCAAUGUGGUUUGAAUGGUACUUGGAGCAACAUUGCCAGAGGCAAGUACCCAUACCUUGUCAACCAUAAAAACUGAUAUCCACAUUCAAAAGCUAAAUGAAUAUAAAUUUUUUUAUUAUUAAUUAUUAAUUAAUACAGUUAAGCCUCUCUGUGUGACCUCAUCUCAUAAGAGACCACCUCCCAUGAGCAACCAUCUAUACAAAUUAAAACACCACCAAAGUUUUCCCACUCAAAGCCCAGUAUAGUUAGAACCUCUCGUAAACGAUCACCUCAAUCUUGUAAGCGACUGCAACUAAUUUUUGGGCAGGCAGAUUUAUAAUAAUUCAUUGUUUUUGAAAUCAACUGCUUGUAAGUAUCACGGUCCGACCUUUAUGUUCCCUGUGUGUACUACACUACUCAGAUUAUGCAAAGAACUUUCAGUGAAACAUGGAGCUGCACAAACUUAGAAAUUGGGUGCCAUCAAUUCUCUUCCAAAAAGUAGACGUAUCAGAAUCACCUAUUGGAAUGGACCCCCUGUGGACCAAUUCUUGUGAGUGACUGUUUCCCUUAAGUGACCACUAACUCUUUACAUUUUGGGUGGUCCCUUAUGGGAGGUUCGACUGUAGUUUGCAAACAAUCAGAAAAAUAGGAAUGUUCACAUGUAAGAUAUGGCAGUUGCUUAUUAAAUGAUCUCUUAAUUCAAUGCUCUCAUUGACGGAUUUACAACUGUCAGAAGCAAGUGGGCACAAUAUAUACUUGGAGUCUUGUAAAUAAUCACAAUAAUUGUUUAUACAUUUCUUACAGCUUGUAUUGCAAGUGUCAAUCCUUGUAAACUGUGUAACAAGGUGAAUGGCUCCUGCAUUCAGUUGCCACACAACAAACACUUAGCUUUCUGCCAGUGUAAUGUUGGAUUUGCUGGAGAUGGUGAGCACUGCCGACAGGAUUUGGACAUGGAUGGCUUCCCUGACGAACAACUGCCUUGUAAAGAAAAACACUGCACCAUGGACAACUGUCUGUUAAUACCUAACAGUGGACAAGAAGACAACGAUGGUGACAAUGUUGGUGAUGUCUGUGAUGAUGAUGAUGAUAAUGACGGUAUUUCUGAUGGCCAGGACAACUGUCAGUUCAAAGCCAAUCAAGGGCAGGCAGAUCAAGACAAUGAUACAAUUGGCGAUGCUUGCGAUAACUGUGUCAGCGUUUUUAACACUGAUCAAAGAGACUCUGAUGGUGACAAUGUUGGCGAUGCCUGUGACGAGGAUAUAGACAAUGAUGGAGUUCAAAACUUGGCAGAUAACUGUGCUGUAGUGCCAAAUCCAAGCCAGAAUGAUACUGAUGGUGAUGGUAUCGGUGAUGCUUGUGAUAACUGCAUUUAUGUUGUGAACAGUAAUCAGACUGAUUCUGAUGAGAAUCUUAUUGGUGAUGCAUGUGAUGAGAGUGCAGACAUGGAUAGGGAUGGUGUGAGUGAUAAUAGAGACAACUGCCCAUCCAUCCCAAAUGGUGAUCAGGUAGAAGCUUAAUUAAGAAAAAAGAUCUUCAUUAUUAAAGAAGUGACCGUACAUUGUCAUUUAGAAUAUAGAAUAGAAUUUUGUAACAAUACUUUAAUCUGCUUUUCUGAGGACAUCCUUAGGUUACUAUGUCUGAAGUUUAAUUCACAUGAUCAUUAUGGCUUGCUCCCCUUGGCGGCAUUUUGUUUUCCCAUAGCUUGACACUGAUGGUGAUCUGCAAGGAGAUAAUUGUGAUAAUGAUAAAGAUGGAGAUGGAAUUUUAAACCUAGAUGACAACUGUCCUCUUGUACCAAAUGUAGAUCAGGUAUGUAAACCACAAAAGUAUACAUAAUGUAAAGUACAUAUUAAUAAUAAUUAUUAUUAUUCAAGAAAGUAUCAAUUUUACGAGCUGCAAAUUUAUUCUAAUGAAACCCCUCAAGAUUAAUGCCAAUAGAUGUUAAGUGUGCAGUUAAUUAAGCCUUUAGUCAAGUUACUUUUUCUCCAAAAACUAUGGCCACCGCCAGAUUAAACCUUGCAGAAUGCAGAAUGACCCUUUCGUCUAACUAAUAUUAUUGUUUU